UUAGCAUGUGUUGUGUAAAGAUUUAAAAGAAAGUUAUAAUGAGUCUUAAGACUGUGAUCUGUGUCUUGUGGGCAGUAUGCGUGGGUCACACUGAAGGAAUCCAGCAUGGUCCAAACAUCAUCAUCAUGCUUAUGGAUGAUAUGGGCUGGGGUGAUUUGGGAGUAUUUGGGGAGCCCUCCAAGGAAACUCCAAACUUGGAUGUGAUGGCUGCUCAGGGGAUGCUGUUUCCAAACUUCUACACUGCCAACCCUCUGUGUUCCCCCUCCAGGGCCGCUUUGCUUACUGGAAGACUUCCUGUGCGAAAUGGAUUCUACACCACCAAUGCUCAUGCUAGGAACGCAUACACACCUCAGGAGAUAGUGGGGGGGAUAUCUCAGGACGAGAUCCUGCUUCCAGAACUGCUGAAAAAGAAAGACUAUGUCAGCAAGAUCAUCGGCAAGUGGCACCUUGGGCACAGAUCGCAAUACUUACCUCUGAAGCAUGGCUUUGAUGAAUGGUUUGGUUCUCCCAACUGCCAUUUUGGCCCCUACAAUAACAGCGUUCGUCCCAAUAUACCUGUCUACAACAACUCUGAAAUGACGGGAAGGUAUUACGAAGAGUUUGAGAUUAAUGUGAAAACAGGGGAAUCCAACCUCACCCAAAUCUAUUUGAAGGAAGGCUUGGACUUUAUCUCUCAGCAAGCCACGGCCCAGCGGCCCUUCUUUCUCUACUGGGCUCCAGAUGCGACCCACUCGCCUGUCUACGCCUCAGAGCGCUUCCUGGGAAAGAGCCAGAGGGGGCGUUAUGGCGAUGCGGUGAUGGAACUGGAUGACAGCAUCGGUCAGAUUCUGGCUCACCUGGUCAGUCUGGGAAUCCACAACAACACAUUGGUGUUCUUCACCUCGGAUAAUGGGGCAGCAGUGAUGUCUGGAGCGCAUCAAAGCGGCAGCAACGGCCCAUUCCUCUGCGGAAAGGAGACUACGUUUGAAGGCGGGAUGAGGGAACCAGCCAUUGCCUGGUGGCCUGGAAGGAUCCCUGCUGGCACAGUGAGUUAUCAGUUGGCCAGUGUGAUGGAUCUCUUCAGCACAAGUCUCUCUGUGACUGGUGUUCUUCCCCCUGAUGAUCGUGUCAUUGAUGGUCUCGAUUUAAGUCCUGUCCUCUUCAACAACUCACUGCUCGACAGCAGGCCCAUCUUCUAUUAUCGUGGCAACCAGAUGAUGGCAGUGCGGAUCGGGCAAUACAAGGUGCACUAUUGGACUUGGAGCAACUCAUGGGAGGAAUACAACACAGGUAUAAACUUCUGUCCUGGUCAGGAGGUUCCUGGUGUUACCACACACACGCAAGAGGAACACACCAUGCAACCACUCAUCUUCCACCUGGGACAAGACCCUGGGGAGAGAUACCCAAUCAGUGUCCAGUCUGAGGAGUACCGGGAUGUUCAUAGACAGGUGACUGCAGUAGUGGAGCAGCAUCAGAAGGAUCUGAUCCCUGGAAUGCCGCAGCUCAACAUGUGUGACCUGGCUGUCAUGAACUGGAGUCCUCCUGGCUGUGAGCUGUUGGGCAAAUGUCUUAAAGCCCCGGAGUCAAAUCCAUGGAAGUGUGUCUGGCCACAUUAAUUUAGUUUUCUAUAAGAACAUUUAUUAAGACAUCUCUCACAAUCAGAUUAAAUCUGAAGGAUCUUUUAAAUGAUUGUUUUUUCUGUCUUGUUACUUUUAGCAUUUUAAGUGUUUAAUGUAUUGUUGUACACAGAAAAGAGAAACAAAAUUGGAUUUUGAUAUUGAGAAGCAGUGAUUUUAGUGUAGUUCUCAUUUUAUUUGUAUUUUUUUGUCUAU